AUGGGGUUCGCUCCUGCAUCGCUCACCCCACAAACUCCCAGCUCGCCCGUAAAGAUUCAUUUACAAAGCUUGACACGCCAUAGAAUAAAACUGAUUUUCUCUAGUUUUGAGUUGGAAUCGCAUCAAGAAUGUUCAUAUGACCGCGUCGAUUUCUACGAUGGCGGAUCGCCGGAAACACCGACCAUCGGUCGGUACUGCGGAUCUCGGAUACCGCCGAUGGUUGUUACGACUGGAAACCACUUGUUCGUAAGCUUCCGUUCAGACAGCUCGGUGCAACGUAAAGGUUUCCAGGCCCAUUACUCGACCGCUUGCGGCGGCAUAUUGCAGGCUGUGCCUGAUACUGUAAAAAGCAUUUUCUCGCACGCUAAAUACGGAAGCGUGAGUUACGAUAAUAGAGCUGAUUGUGAUUGGACCAUCGAAAGUUCUCCCGAGUACAGGGUAUUUUUAAGUUUCGUAACGUUCGAUGUCGAGGAGGAAAAAGACUGCGGAUAUGAUUAUGUUGAGGUUUUCAAUGGCUUGGAUUCCAGUGGGCUUUCGUUUGGAAAAUUGUGUGGAAAAACUAAACCAAUAAACUUAUCGUCCACUCACGAUGGCCUUCUGGUUAGAUUUCGUUCAGAUGACACUGUUGCUAGUAAAGGAUUUCAUAUUAUCUAUGAAGCGAUAGAAGAAGACAGUCUUGAAAUAUAGAAUUCAAAUAAAUCUGUAUUAAAAAAUUAAAUAUGUUUGACCAG